AGGAGAUCAGACUUAGAGACAGAGCAAGGAGCAGUCAGAAGAACACAAAACCUGCUUUGAAGAUAACAAGAAUACCUGCAGAGAAGGACUGAAGACCUGUUGAGUGCUGACAGACUGAAGCGAAACACUGAGAGGCAGGCCAUUCCUUCAUUGAAGAUGCUGCGUUCAGUCUGGGUGUACUCUCUGGCCUUGCUGUACUUCUACAGCAGUCAGGUCGAGAGCCAGUGUUGGGAACACUCUCAAUGCAGAGACCUCAGCUCGGAGGAAAACAUCUUGGAGUGUAUACAAGCCUGCAAAUCGGACCUCACCGCAGAAUCUCCCAUUUUUCCUGGGAAUGGGCACCUCCAGCCUCCUUCAGAGGCUGACCGCAACUACGCGAAGAGUCACUUCCGCUCGACUGCCUUGGGGCGGCGCACCAACGGCUCUGUGGGAAGCAGCAAGCAAGCCGGAGAGAACGCGGCUCUGAGCAUCCUCUUUGCCGCCCUGGCUCCACCCCAGGCUGAGGAAGAGAUGGAGGAGAGUGAGAGCUCGCAGCAGCAGAGGCGUGAGGACAAGCGCUCCUAUUCCAUGGAGCACUUCCGCUGGGGGAAGCCGGUGGGCCGCAAGCGCCGGCCUGUGAAGGUGUACCCCAACGGGGUGGAAGAGGAAUCGGCCGAGGCCUAUCCCACAGAGAUGCGGCGCGACCUCAUGAGCGACCUUGACUACCCCCUCCUCGAAGAAGUGGAGGAGGAGCUCGGAGGAGAGAACGAGGUCCUCAACCUGCAGGAGAAGAAAGAUGGCUCCUACAAAAUGCACCACUUCCGCUGGAGCGGCCCGCCCAAGGACAAGCGGUACGGGGGCUUCAUGAAGUCCUGGGACGAGCGCAGCCAGAAGCCACUCCUGACGCUCUUUAAGAACGUCAUCAUUAAGGACGGCCAUCAGAAAAAAGGCCAGUAAGGAGUGUGGAGAAGCAAUAAAAUAGCCCCAAACCUCGCUUUA